AUGGCGGGUGUCCCCGGAAAGUCAAAGGGCUGUCAUGUCUGUCGGAAAAGGGAGAUUAAGGUUCUUCAAGCAACCGCCGUCGCAACCCCUUCCGUCCUUGUUCGAAUCUCUUAUCUGUCCUUGUCCGUCUUCCACUCCGAUGGUGGUAAGUGGAAUACUCUUACGGGCGACAUUGGCCCCUUUGUGGUAAUAUUUAUUGUGAUGGAAUAUGUUGUUGGUCUGCUAUAUGUUAGCACGGGUGAUAGACUUCCAGAAACAAGACGAAUCAAGACCGAUCCGGCAGAAUAUGGAGAACUUCGAACACGGGCUUCAAGCCCAUAG